GUCGCGUCAGCAGUGCCCUCUCAGAGCGCGCGUCGGUUGGACGCUGUUCUACCCUACACCUGAAUUCCGUUUAGUCGAACUUCUCGGAACAAUGACGGCGAAUCGUUGCGAUUGAUGGGCCCUAAUCGGCAAAGUGAUUGUGUACCUGCCCAGUGUUCAUGUAAUGACUGUUUUACGAUCAUUCGGGAUUAUGCCGUCAACUGAAGAAUUUGCUCAAAAAUUCUUAAUGGUGCACAAUGAAGAGUUUCCAACAAUGACUUUGUCAGCGUAACUGAGGAAGAAAUAAGAUUUAGAUUUUGCUACGAUCGAGAAUAUCCAAAAUGGCAAUAAUGGGCAGGGUGAGUGUGCGCCGUACGAGUGCCGUCGUGCUCGUGACAGCGGGCGAGGUGUCGGCGCGCGUCGCCGGCAAGAUGGGCGGCUACUCCAACAAGAAGGGAGGAAAAUCAACGAGCGGAAUAAACGAAGAGAUUAUCUGGAUCAGCAUAAGCAUGGCGAUAGCGAUAGCAGUGCUUAUAGCUAUUGCUCUCUGCUACAUACUUAAGGAGAAAUGCACAAAAAGACAGGCUUACAAAGAACAGUCAUGACGAUACAAAGAGGAGUUUGCGAAGCACGCCCUCGCAUCCUCCUUGACUGAUUUGGAGUUCCCGUCAUACACGUUAUACCCACAGUACUCUCCUGACGGCAAGGAAUAUUACUAUAAUUUUCAUCGCUUUUCCUACCUUAGAAAUAGCUUUAAGCUACCUCCCAAAGAUUAUCCGAUUAAACAGAAGGAAGAGGUAUACAUCAAUGCGUGAUACCGUGAUAUAAAUUAAUACCGUAGGUAUUCAUAAAAUUAAACAAAUUGGCAUCGAAAUGUAAAAAAAAAAUGUAAUUGUUAGAAAAAUGUGUUUUAUAAUAAGACGGUAAAGAUUGGAUGGCAGAAAAUUAAAUAAAAAAUAUUUAUUAGUAUGAGUGAAAAAGACUAAUAAUUUAUAACUACAUACAUGUAUAAUCUCGUUUUUUUUAUUUACAUACCAUAGU